UUGUCAGUGACUUGGUUUGUGAAAUGAAUCAUCUUUACCUAAAAUAAAGAAAGAAACAAUCUAAUAAACAUUUCUUUAUUUAAAAGUAUGAUAUAAAAUAAAACAUUUAUAUAAAGGUUUCAAUGCUUUAGUUGUGGACAUGAAGCGGCCGCUCGCGGUAGUGUGUAAAAGCCACGCCCCUAAAACUUACCUGCGUUUAUUAAACCGAUAACCGACCUGAUUUCGCACAUGCGCACUUGCGCGUGGAAAAAACGGGUUGCUGAAUUCUCCGGAACAUUUUUACCUGCAACUUUUCCAUUCACCUGAACAGUACAGAACUAACCCGUUGGUUCUGAUUCACACAAAAACGGAUUGUUUUCUUCCCCUUUUCCAUUUUUCCAGACUGAGCCAGAGAUAUGUCACUGGUUCCCCUCCAUAUCCUGCAGGAUACUCUCUAACACAGAAAGUAAACCGGAGAAAUCUCUCACUUUCUCAGUGGAAACAGAGUCAGAUGUGCAAAAGACAGAGACGUAGUCAGCGAUGGCCUGCAGUAAAGUCAGUCCUGGUGACAUGCACCGUCUCUCAGAAGUCAGGAUUGUGCUCCUGGGCUGUAGAGCUGCAGGGAAAAGUUCAGCAGGAAACACCAUCCUGGGCAGAGAGGAGUUUGACUUACAAGGAAGUGCUCAGUGUGUUAUGAGACAGGGAGAAGUAGCAGGGAGGAAGAUCACUGUGGUUGAAGCUCCAGGAUGGCGGAGAGGUAAAGCUGUGAAGCAGUUGAUUGAGCUCAGCGUGUCGAUGUGUCUUUCCAGUCCACACGCUGUACUGCUGGUCAUGCGUUUGGACUUUAAAUUUAGAGAAAAAGACAGAAAAGAGUUCAUCAGAUUUGUAGAUCUUCUCGGGCCAACAGUCUGGAGUCACACCAUAGUUCUGUUCACCUUUGGAGACUCUCUGGGAGACACAACCAUAGAGAGACACAUUGAGAGUGAAGGACAGGCUCUCCAGUGGCUGGUAGAGAAAUGCGGAAACAGAUAUCAUGUUUUUAAUAAUAAAAAGAGAGAUGAUGUCUCUCAGGUCACAGAGCUGCUGGAGAAGAUCGAGGAGAUGGUGGCAGAAAACAAAGGCUGUCCUCUUGAAACAGACACAAGGGCAUCACAGGACCGUCAAGAUAUGUGGAGAAGAGGAAAUAAAAAAGAGAUGAGAGGUGGAGGAAUUCAACUCAAAGACAAACUCUGGGGCAUGUUUGGCGAUUUUUCAACACCUUUUCCUGAGAUUACUCUCCACAGCCAGACCUCUGUCCUACAUCCUGGGUACUCAGGCAUGAUUAGGAAUUCUGCUAUGUCCAGUAUCCCUGGUUCCAGCCUCCAGACUCAUUCCAUAACAUCAGAUUCAGUACUAACGUCUGAUUCUGAGUCUGAAAUCGGGCUAGACGAUAAAUACAGAUAUGAAUUCGGUAAUUCAGAGGAUCAGAUGCUUUGGGAAAUAGCAGAGAGGAAUCCUGAUCUGUACCUUCCUUGUACCCUGAGUGAUGGUGGGACCAGUCGCUCAGAGGACCAGAGAGAGCCUGGUGCAGUGCAGGGAGUGACAAGAGCUUUGAGGUCUCUUCACCUUCAUGCUGGACAGUUUAAGUGUAAAUUCUCAGACCUUGUGUUUGAUAUGAAAGAGGAAGGCAGAGUGAUGUACAAAAUAGUGUCCUGGGACAGCAGUGUCUUGGAUGGAUUAGGCCACAUGGAGCCUGCAGGACCUCUGUACAGUAUCGAGUGCCAUAAAGGUUCAAUCCAUCACCUGCACCUUCCACACUGUGAGACCCGUACAGAUGUGGUUAAAUUGACUGUGGCUCAUGUGACUGGAGGAAAGGUGGAGAUCCUUCAGCCGUUAAAAGUAACAAACUCACACGUGAUCAUAGAAAUUCAACAUCUCUCUUGUUUUGGUCUCUUAAAAUCAUUGCUGCUCCCAGCGUAUCCCAUCAGAGCCCAAGUCCUUCUGUUCUUUGAGAAAAGCCUGAGUAAACUUCACAUCCAUCUGUUGAAACGGAGCAUCCCGGUUGAAGAGGUACAGAAGAGACAUGAAAGCAUCAGUUACAUUCCAACAAGUUCCAAAUGUAUACUGACCCCUGGUAAAAAAUACAGACCAUGCUGUAAAACUACUGACCAUAAAUAUGUUUCCCAACCAGAGGAUGAGACGUUUGAUCGUGCCCGUGACCCCAACUACCAUCCUACAUUUGAGGUGUUCCUUAAACCUGAGGUUAAUAAAGUCACAUUAAGUCUUUUGGAUGAAAAUGGCGUUGUGGUGUGGAAGCCUCGUGAUGUCGUGCUUACAGGUACACAGAGAUCCACAGCCAGUAAAAAUUCAGCUGGUGCUGACUUUGUGGAUAAAUACAAAGCAGAUCUCAUUCAGAGAGUUCCUUUAGUAAUGGAGAUAGCAGACUGUAUCAAAAGCAAGGAAUUUACUAAUGAAAUGUACGAUAAGAUCCAUGCAGAGAAAACAACACAAGACAAAAUGAGAGAAUUGUACAAAUAUCUCAACUCAGCAGGACGAGCUGCAAAAGCUGAAUUCUAUCGAAUUCUUCAACAAAAACAUCUUGGAUUAGUGACAGAGCUGGAGUCAGGAUCUGGUCUGGAUUAAUAGAGGUUUAACAGAGUAAAUCACAUGCAGUCCCUAGGUGAAGCAGGGAUGGAAAAGCAAAACUGCAAGGCAUGUGCACAAGGCGCAUCGCGUCUUCUUCAUAUCUUUGAGGCUCUGGAAAAGAAAGAUGAUCAUCAGUGACACCCAUGCAGCAAUGAGAUGUCCAUGAGAAUCAAUAAUUCUUGUAAACAGUCUGUGAAAAAUGGAA